AUGAAACCCCUACUUUUUCUUUAUUUCCCACCCCAGGUGCCCUUCACCGACCUGCUGGACGCGGCCAAGAGUGUGGUGAAGGCGCUGUUCCUGCGUGAGAAGUACAUGGGGCUGUCCCUGCAGAGCUUCUGCAAGACCACUGCCCGCUUCCUGCAGGAGCUCUCCGAGAAGCCCCUGGAGACCCGCAGCUACGAGGAGGUGCCCGAGACCCCCGUGGCUGCCGAUGCUGCCGUGCACCCCCCGUUUGCAGAGCAGCACCCCUAUGAGAAGUGGGACCCCCAGAGCAUGCCGGCCGACCUGGGCUUCGGGCUGAAGAUGGUGGAUGGCGUGGUGCACGUCUACACCAAGCAGGACCUCACUGACAAGAGCACGGAGCUGGACCUGCCCUACCCCGACCUGCAGGAGUUCAUCGCCGACAUGAAUUUCCUGAUGGCUUUGAUCAUCAACGGGCCCAUCAAAUCCUUUUGCUACCGCCGCCUGCAGUACCUGAGCUCCAAGUUCCAGAUGCACGUGCUGCUCAAUGAGAUGAAGGAGUUGGCAGCCCAGAAGAAGGUGCCCCACCGUGACUUCUACAACAUCCGCAAGGUGGACACUCACAUCCACGCCUCGUCCUGCAUGAACCAGAAGCACCUCCUGCGCUUCAUCAAGAGGGCCAUGAAGAAGCACCUGGACGAGAUCGUCCACGUGGAGAAAGGCAAGGAGCAGACGCUCAAGGAGGUCUUUGAGACCAUGAAUCUCACCGCCUACGACCUCAGCGUGGACACUCUGGACGUCCACGCGGACCGCAACACUUUCCACCGCUUUGACAAAUUCAAUGCCAAGUACAACCCCAUCGGGGAGUCCAUCCCGAGGGAGAUCUUCAUCAAGACGGACAACCGCGUCUCGGGGAAGUACUUUGCACACAUCAUCAAGGAGGUGAUGUCUGACCUGGAGGAGAGCAAGUACCAGAACGCCGAGCUGCGCCUCUCCAUCUACGGCCGCUCUCGUGACGAGUGGGACAAGCUGGCCUGCUGGGCCGUCAACCACCGCGUCCACUCCAACAACGUCCGCUGGCUGGUGCAGGUGCCCCGGCUCUUCGAUGUCUACCGGACCAAGAAGCAGUUGGCCAACUUCCAGGAGAUGCUGGAGAACAUCUUCCUGCCCCUCUACGAGGCCACCAUCCAUCCUGCCCAGCACCCUGAGCUGCACCUCUUCCUGGAGCACGUGGACGGCUUCGACAGUGUGGAUGACGAAUCCAAACCGGAGCAUCACAUCUUCAACCAGGACAGCCCUCUGCCGGGGAACUGGGUGGAGGAGGACAACCCGCCCUACUCCUACUACCUGUACUACAUGUAUGCCAACAUGACGGUGCUCAACCACCUCCGCAGGAGGAGGGGCUUCCACACCUUCGUGCUGCGGCCGCACUGCGGCGAGGCCGGCCCCAUCCAUCACCUCGUGUCGGGCUUCAUGGUGUCGGAGAACAUCUCGCACGGCUUGCUGCUGCGCAAGGCCCCCGUGCUGCAGUACCUGUACUACCUGGCGCAGAUUGGCAUCGCCAUGUCCCCGCUGAGCAACAACAGCCUCUUCCUCAGCUACCACCGCAACCCCCUGCCCGAGUACCUCUCGCGGGGGCUCAUGGUCUCCCUCUCCACCGAUGAUCCCCUCCAGUUCCACUUCACCAAGGUGAGGUUGUGGGGGAGGGUCUGCGGGUCACCAGCCUCUCCCCACCCAGAAUGGCUCGGGGCAGCCGCCGGGCUGAUGGAUGGGGUUGGCGGCGGCCUCGUCUGUGGGGAUGGGGUCAGUGGUGGCUAUGGGGAAGGAGUUGGUGGCCGUGUCCGUGGGGAU